AUGCUUCGUGCCCAAGACGACGAUCUUGAACCGUUUGAUUCGGAGAUAGAACGUGCCUUCAGACGAAGACGCAAGGAACAUAAACAAAAACAGCAACAUCAAAUGGCUGACAAUCAACAAAUUCAUAUCCCUAUUCAGCUAGUUGGACAAAUGGCCGCAAGAGUGGCACCACCGGAACAGCAGCAUGAGCGAAGGGAAAUAAAUGAAGGUGAUUUGCCAGUAUCAAUGUUCCUGACACCUAUAGCAGCACCCAUACGCUCCAGUAUUGUGUAUCCAGAUUUUGGGGUGAAUAACUUUCAGAUCAGGCCAGAUUGGAUUAACUUGAUGAGCAACACUCUGCAAUUCUACGGGCUACCUCAUGAGAAUCCGAACACACAAAUCUCCAAAUUUCUCAGAAAUUGUCAAAACUUCUAUGCUCCGAGGGUCAAUGAAGAUGCUAUUAAAUUACGACUGUUUCCAUUUACAUUGAGAGAUACUGCAUUGGAGUGGUUAUAUGCGGAGCCUCAUGCCAGCAUUACUACAUGGGAAGAACUUAUCAGGAAAUUCUGCAACAAAUUCUUCCCACCAGCCAGAGUAGCUAAAAUCAGAUUGGAAAUUCAAACUUUUCAACAGAAAGAGGGAGAAAGCUAUCACGAGACAUGGAAUAGAUUUAAUGAGCUGAUGAGAAAAUGUCCAAACCAUGGAAUCACUCAAGGAAACCAAGUGCACUACUUCUACACUGGACUUGCACCAUUGUCAAAAUCUCAAGUUGAUGCCUCUGCUGGUGGAUCAAUCAUAGGGAAAUCAGUGCAACAAACCAUGGACCUAUUUGAGUUAAUUACCACCACACAUUCAAUGUUCUCAUCAGAAAGAGUGGUACCACCAAAGGCAGGAGGAAUGUAUGAAUUAGAUAGCACAACAUCUACCAACGCACAGAUAGUAGCUUUAACAAAACAGGUAGAGUUACUUGUAAAAUUGCAAACACAUGGAGCAAAUGCAAUGAUGGCAAGUUUAGCAUGUGAGAAUUGUGGGAGAAAUCACGUUAUAGAGAGCUGCAUGAUGCUCACUUCUUCAAAGGAACAAGUAAACUUUAUUCAAAAUAGCUCCUGUAAUUUCACCUCAUAUGGUAACAAUUUCCAACAAGAAAGAAGACCAAGUUUGGGGGAGAUGUUUCAACAAUAUGUGCAGAAGACGGACAAGGUGUUCCAGCAAAUUAACACUAACUUUCAAAAUCAACAGGCAUCCAUCAAAAAACUGAAGACACAAAUUGGUCAGAUAGCACAACAACUUGUAGAACAUCCACAAGGGACAUUGCCAGGCAAUACAAUGAUAAAUCCUAAGGAACAGUUGAUGGCAAUUGAAGUAGUGGAGAACGAUCCACCCAGGGCCCCCGUAAAAGUUAAAGCGUAUGUACCUUCACUUCCGUUUUCCCAAAGAUUUCGAAAGAAGUCAAUGGAGCAAAAUAUUCAUGUCAUAAAUACAAAGAGCGAAGUACAAUCACCAGAGAUCACUACAGAGAGACCCAAAAGAAAAGAUGACCAAGAAGUGAUUGAUGAAGCUACAAGGGUAGAAAAAUCUGCACCAAAUGCAACUGAAAAUAGAGAAGGUACAGAAACAUCAGCUGUCAAAGCACCAAGUCUAGACAAAGCUUACAUGCCUCCCAUUCCCCUUCCUCAAAAGCUCAAGAAGAACAAACAAGACACAAACUAUGAAAAAUUCCUCGAUGUUCUCAAGAACCUCCAAAUCAAUGUUCCGUUCAUAGAUGUGAUACUACAAAUUCCAACCUAUAAGAAAUUUUUGAGAGAGAUGUUGACAAAGAAAAGAAAGCUUCCGGAGUUUGAAACCGUGGCAUUAACUAAGGAAAGUAGUGCAAGAGUUCAGAGAAAAUUGCCUCCUAAAUUGAAGGAUCCAGGGAGUUUUACUUUACCAGUUUCAAUUGGAAAUUCCUAUUCAACUAAUGCAUUCUGUGACACUGGUGCUAGUAUCAAUCUAAUGUCGUAUUUUGCUUACAGGAAAUUGGGACUAGAAGAUCGAGACAUUCCAAUUAUAUUGGGUCGACCAUUCUUAGCAACGGGACGAACCCUUAUUGACAUGGAGAAGGGAGAGCUAAUCUUGAGGGUGGAGGACAAGCAGGAGAUAUUCAAUAUUUACAUCCAAUAUGAGAAACCUCCCAAUAAAAAUGAUUGUUAUAGAAUUGAUGAAGAAGAGUCACCUGAUCAACGAAGCCUUUAUGACUCAAGUGAUUAA